GGUUUUUGUUGUUGAAGUAGUUGAGUGUAGUUGAGUAACAUUUUAAUAGAUUUGUGAUAUUCAAUUCUAUUUCUGUAGGAAAAACCAAAAAGCUAAUAACAUGAUUGUGAAACAACUAAUUUUUCUAGUGAUCUUACAUGCUGUUUCGUCCAAAAGUCAGAGUAGUUUUCCCAAUAAAGGACACACGAAUAACUGGGCAGUUUUAGUGGACACCAGUAGAUUCUGGUUCAAUUAUAGGCAUGUGGCAAACGUGUUGUCCAUUUACAGAAGUGUUAAGCGUCUUGGUAUACCAGAUAGCCAGAUAAUUCUGAUGAUUGCUGAUGAUAUGGCUUGCAAUCCUAGGAAUCCUCGUCCGGCAACAGUAUUCAAUAACGCCAAUCAACACAUCAAUGUAUAUGGUGAUGAUGUGGAAGUUGAUUACAGGGGCUAUGAGGUUACAGUAGAAAAUUUCGUGAGACUUCUAACUGGGAGGCUUCCUCCUGGUACCCCAAGAUCAAAACAGUUGCUGACUGAUGAAGGUAGCAAUGUUUUGAUUUACUUGACAGGCCAUGGAGGUGAUGGAUUCCUGAAAUUCCAGGAUUCAGAGGAAAUAACUAGCCAAGAGAUGGCUGAUGCUUUAGAACAGAUGUGGCAAAAGCAGAGGUACCAUGAAACAUUCUUUAUGAUUGAUACUUGUCAAGCAGCUUCUAUGUAUGAACGAUUUUAUUCACCUAAUAUUCUAGCAGUAGGAAGCAGUUUGGUCGGUGAAGAUUCUCUCUCUAAAGGUUGCUACAGCAAAAGUAUUUUUCAGCACCAUGUAGACCCUGCUAUUGGUGUUUAUAUCAUUGAUCGCUACACCUAUUAUGCCCUGGACUUUUUGGAAAAUGUGGAUCUUCAGACAAAUAAAUCUGUGGGGGAAUUUCUGAAAGUGUGCCCUAAGAGUGUAUGCAUAUCCACGGUGGGUGUGAGAAAGGACCUUUUCCAAAGGAACCCCGACGAGGUUCCUGUGACGGAUUUUUUCGGUUCGGUGCGACCGAUCGAUUUGAUGGAUCAAGUCGCCAUUGAACCGCUGGUAGUCGAUGUUGGUCAGCGGAAAGUGGUGCCCAGUACCAAGAAGAGGAAGUACGCCUAUGUUCAGCCAAUAGUCAAUGUUGAUACAGUGUCCUUGUGAUGUGAGUAAGAGUGAAUAAACUAGUCUUUUUUG